UUACUGUUGUAGUCAGCCGCUAGGUGGCUCAAAUGACACUGUUUAAAUGGCAAUUGCUACGACACACCAAUGUCACUGUGAAAAGCGAUCCGUGCUUCGCCCCCGCCUCUUUUAGUGAUCAUCGCCUGGUCAGAGCAGUGAGGCUGCUGCUUUGUGCUGUAAAUAACCCCUCAAAGGAUAAAUUAUAGAAAUAUAUUUAUAUUUAUUUGUAAUACAGACCCCACACCCUCGCAACCAGAAACCCAGCAAGUCUGUGAGACGUGGGUUUGCUUCGUUUUUGGAAACCGAACCCAACUUAGAAUGGUCCAAAGAUUGGCGCAGGAGUGAAAUGUCGUCGAAAGCCAACCAGGACGAUUGCCGAUCGGCACCGAAGAACGUUUGUGUUACCUCGCGAUGUUUAGCCGUGAUUCUGAGCCCCACGAAAACUCAAUUCGUGCAAGCCGAUGGGCCCGGUUCGGCAGGUUCAGCAGGUGCUACUGGCAUUUACAGCAAUAGCAGCAACACCAACACGGCGACUACAACAGCCACGCCAAGCUUCACUUCGUCUUCCGCUUGGAACUCGCCGACUCGAAGUCCUCGUCAACCGCUGUCCAUUUUACAGGUUCCUCACCACCACAACCACCACCACAACCACAACCACCACCACCAACAUAACCACCACCACGGACUAAGGGGCGGCAGCCACAGCAACCACAACAAUAACAGUAGCAGUAACAACCAUCCACAGGGCGGCGGCGGCGGCGGUGGUGGUGGUGCUGGAGCGAAUAGAGACGGUGCGAGCAAACAUGAAACGACAGCGUCAUCGGUGGCUGAGGGUUCGAGUGGUGCUGUCGGUAGCAAUACUACUGCAAUUGCAGCUGGUAGUACAGAUACAUCUGUUGUACCUUCCAUUUCUUACAGUGGAGGGCGAGAGAUCUGGGAAGACUUCAGGUUCCGGAACAAAACCUGUUACUGGAACCCUGCCCUCGCAGAGAGUAUCAAGAACUUGGAGUAUAUGGGAUUCGUCCAGCCGUGUACUCUGUUGGUAAGCGGACCAGACUUGCAUUUGGAUAAUUUACGGAUGGCCUGGGGUCGUCGUGUGCUGAAGGCACCGACCAAUUUCUCAAUUGACAAUAUAGGUGAUGUGAAUGGAAUUGAAAUGCAGAUAAUCCCGCAGACACAGUUUAUUCCCCUUCCUGAGGCCCUUUGCCUCAUCAUUAUGGACCUGAACAACAACCGUAUCGUGGCCACCCUCGAUACAGUGCAAGAGAAACUGGAGCAGUGUUACAAAGAGAUGGAGAUUCCCAGUGAAGAACUGAUCUAUGCGACUCUUGCAAACUUGAUUCAAGAAGGGAAAGUUUUCCAUACAGAAGGAAGUGGAUAUUUUGUGGUCACCCCGGACACUUAUCGAGUUCCUUUGGGUGAGAACUCCUUUGCUGUGCCCUGGUCCCCUUAUAAACAGUUUUACAUUCCCAUGGUGCCACCUCCCAAAGCACAAGUUCGUUCGAUAUCAUGUCAGACAUCAAGCAGUGCAAACGACAUCAAGAAGGCUUCAAGCAAGACCAAACCUCAGCGCAGUCAAAGUGCAAGAGCGUCUCGCAAUCGCUACAGAAAAAGCGCCCACGAGCACAUACGGCGAAGUGCAUCGUUGAAGUUUAAGUCUGACAAGACUCUGGGUUCUACGAAGGACAUUAACCUCAAGAACAGCAACAUCAAUCAAGACAAGAACAAAGGUGAGAAAACCACGUUAUUCAGUAAACUGUUUGGCCGUUACAAGAAGAAAGCAUCCCCGAACAAAGAAGUGGAAUAUGCCACGUUCUCUGCACAGUUUCCUCCCCCUGAAUGGCAAUGGUACCAACAACAACUGGAGAAACAACGCAGGACUGAAGAAUGGAUUAGUGACCAACAAGUGACCAAAUCUAAUACCUGGCAUUAUCUCUACACUGUACAGGACACCAAUGUCGUCGGCAAGAGUGGUUUGGCAACUGGGCCGACAAGUUCAAAGCUAAAAUCAGCGACUGUUCCCCCAAUUGUCACAUUGCCUCCCUACAGUUGCGAACCCAUGUGUUCGGAACAAGCUAGUCCUAAAGAAACGGCCCAUUACAAUUCCAAACUUGGUAAGGAACAGGAGCUUCAAGCCAACGUGAAUCGCUGGUCAGUUGUGGUCGAUGAACCAAAUAGCUUUGAGAAGCAACCACCAGAUGGCACUAAGCACCACUCACAACAGUCUCCCUGCUACGAAGGAUUGGCCAAUGAAGCGUCGUCGAAGCAUCGCAGCAACCAGCAUCACAAAUGUCCACGUAAAUCUACCUCAAAGACAUCUUCACUGAGAACGAAUAAUGCUGCCUGUGAACACGGCCAUGAUGCAGCACAGCAGAAAAUCAGCAAGCAGCGGAAGAGACUGGAACGUUACAGCUACUGCGAGGAUUACUAUGGCAACGAUAUCAGCAUUGAAUACAAGGGCAAACUGCCGAAUAAAUAUUCAAUGUAUGCUUAUUCACGAGACAGUGGAGUGAACUGCAUCGGUCUGAGUUCUGGUUUUGCCGAAGACAUGAAAGUGGAUUUAUCACAGACAACGCAUUCUAAGCAGGAAAUUGAACCUAGCCGUAUCUCAAAGAAAGUUCACAGAGCGUAUAAAAAACGGUCAGGCAUGAAACACCAUCGACAUCAUUCCAGGAAGAAUGUCCGCAGCAAUCUAUACGACAGCAACGAAAAUUGUGCCGUCGACAUACCAACCGCGACCAUCGCAGAGGAAUUUCCUGAAACCUGCAGCUACUUGGACUCAAGCCAGUUGUUUGACAACAGUUAUCACCAUCAUCAUCAUCAUCACCAUCACCACAACAGCUUAACAGGCAGUGGUCGAGAUAGUACGGAGACUGGACAGAAGUUGGCUGCAGGGGAGAGCAGCGAGCAGAGUUUCAAUACAGUCAUACCAAACUCUGGGACACAUCACGAUUGUCCCAUGGAAAACCUGGUACACGAGACUCGGGAGUUGAACCUCAGAGACAAUAAUCACAGCUUGUGUACACGUAGCCACCAUGCGGCUGUCCCACUGGACACUGGUCAACACAGACGGCAGAAAAAGAGACACAGCAUGCAUGUAUCUUCCAAUCGUUCUGCCUCAGCUGAGAACGCACGUGACAGCUGGCAACUGGGCCCAGGGGACACUCUUGACCCUCACAUCUUAAACAAUCAACAAAUUGCAUGUCACAAACCCGACACCUCCCACAGCAACAACUCACGACCCCGGUCCUACGUCGCUCGUUCAUCUCAACUGAAUUCAAACAAAGAUCUCACUGCAGAUGGGAACACUCGCCAGUCCAGUUCAAGGGGUCACUUUGAUGAUGACUUCCAAGUGGUCGGUGUUGUAUGAGACCUCAUGUAGCGUGUGUCCUAUAUAUAUUAUGGUGGGGUCAAUUGCACUUUUGCUAGACAUGGCAACACCAGGACAGCUGCAAUGCGAAUUGUGCAGACAUUGUAGGUGCAGUUUCUGAAUAAAUUAGUUGUUAUAGAAA